UGUCAAUCGCGGUUGUAAUGCGGUUGUCGUUGAACGGCGACGGUUGAGAUUAGAAUGAACCAUAAUUCUAAAUUCUUCCACAAGAAAAAUCCUCUCCACACCCAUCCUGUCAAGACCCUUGAGGAUAUUGUAUGUUCCAACACAAGCAAUGCAAGCACAGAUGUACAAAAAAUAAACUGAUGAAAAACACGAUGAUGCUGGAGGAACUCAGCAGGCCAGGCAGCAUCCGUGGAGAAAAGCAGGCGGUCAACGUUUCAGGUCAGGACCCUUCUUCAGGACUGAAGGCUGUCAUUAAAGCAACUGCAAUUCUACGUUUGGCCCGAACCAGACCCCGGAACAUUUGUUUGAAUUGUAGUUGUCCUCUCCAAGUGAGGCAUCUGUCAGACUCCAAAGGUUGGAGGAUGAGACUUGUCCAGUUCCUGAUUGUUGGCGAUCAAAGCGGAACAAGAGUGGGAGUGCAGGAGAAGGACGGAGGAAAUGUAAUUGACCUGAAUUUAUUUGAUACCUCCCUUCCCAGAAAUAUGAAGGAGUUUUUGGAAAAGGGAGAUGUUGCCAUGGAAACUGCAAGAAGAGCCCUGGAUUGUGGAAACCAUGCACUUUGUCACUCUGAGAUAGAGCUUUUGUCACCUGUAACAAACCCAGACAAAGUGGUGUGUGUUGGGAUGAAUUACAUGGAUCACUGCCUGGAACAGAAUGUGGCAAUCCCCAAGGAGCCCGUUAUAUUCAGCAAGUUUGGUAGUUCUAUAGUAGGGCCCUACGGUGACAUCAUCCACCCUACAGAAAGUAAUGAAGUGGACUGGGAGGUGGAGUUGGCAUUUGUCAUUGGGAAGAAAGGAAAGCACAUUAAGAAAGAAGAAGCGAUGGACUAUGUGGCUGGAUUCAUGGUUGCACAUGACGUCAGUGCACGAGACUGGCAGAUGAAGCAAAAUGGCAAGCAGUGGCUGCUGGGUAAAACAUUUGACACAUUUUGCCCACUGGGCCCAGCCAUUGUCACCCGAGAUGCUCUCUCGGACCCCCACAACCUGGGGAUACGCUGCCGAGUUAAUGAACAGAUUAUGCAAGAUAGCAACACUAGUCAACUGGCCUUUAAAACAGAGGAACUUGUUGUUUGGGUGUCACAGUUUGUGACCCUGUACCCAGGGGAUGUCUUCCUAACUGGAACACCUUCUGGAGUUGGUGUGUUCAGGAACCCACCCAAGUUUCUCAAACGCGGAGACAUUGUGGAAUGUGAAAUAGAUGAAAUCGGAAUUCUAAGGAACGUUAUCAUUUAGGUCCUUGCUGUUUUCAGAUUGGAUUCAUUGAAGGCUGAUUUAUUUGACAAGAUAGAGCCGUCGUGUAUAAAAAGUGGCCAGAGCGUGGGAGGAAGUCGAGAUGGAAUUGCAGAGAUCCGGCUGUCUGAUUGUACCAUGAAGCUAAACCAUGCACUUUAACAAGGAACUAAACACUUAAAAUUAUGUGAUUUAAAGAUUAAUGAUGCAUUGUAAAUAACGUAGUAGUCUGUUUAAGUAAUUUUUAUUACUGUGCCGCAAUGUACAUGCA